UCAAGUCGUGAAUUGCACUGCUCGUACACGCACAAAAAUAGAAAUACUAUCACAUUAUGGGACAGUUCAUCGAGGUGAUCGGACAUUUGAUGUACCUUGUUUGAGCGGUUGUGACAGAAGAUGUCGUACAGAAGAUGGACUAGGAAAACAUUUGCAGUCUCACCACCCAACAUUCUUUGAACAAAAUAUUGAAUUAGUAGACCUAGCACCUGAUGAUUCAGAAGAAGAAGAUGUAAUGUUACGAGAGGAAAUACAGGGUCUUAAUUCAUCCCUUGCUGCAGCAUCUAUCUUUUCAACAGAAGAACAAGUGCUUCAGAAGGCACAUAACUAUGACCCUGCAUUAUUUCUACUUAGUCUGUCUGAUGAAAGAAAAUUUAAUCAAGUAGAUUUACAGACUGCUAUGGAAGCAACAACAGAUUUUGUGAACAAAGAAAUCAUUUCUGUUUUGUCAAGAACAAUCUCAUCACUGAGAGAUAGCCAUUGUACGCACAUCAAGAGUAUCCAACAAAUGGAACAACUAUAUAGAUCUACCUUUGCUCCUGAUCCAUUUAAAGGUCUACGCACCCAGUACAAGCAAAGACAAUUUUACUCAAAAUAUUUUGGAAUGGUAAAUCCAACCAAAAUACGACUGCCGGCCCUACCAAGCGAUUAUGGUAGGCAUCGAACAAGGCAGCCGCAAACAUUCAAGAAACAGGAAUACGUCGUGGUGUCCUUGAUUUCUCAACUUCACUCCCUGUUGCAGAAAUAUGAUGUCUACAAUCAAGUCUUCUCCGAUAAAAUUCCCCAACCUGGAUUCCUCUGUCGCUUUGAAGAUGGGACAUCAUUUUCAGAAAACCCCUUAUUCAUGCGGCACCCUCAUGCUCUUCAAAUCCAUCUCUACUUGGAUAAGUUGAACAAUAUGGCGUGA